GCGAUACUCUUAUGGGCUGGUUUCUGUUACUAUUUCACCUGGUUCUGGUGGAUAGGGCUGGACGUGCUCCCAAUGUCUGGCUGCGAAGAUGAGUAUGGAUUCUUCUUCACUAGAGUUAGCCUACGAGGCUGGUUCAGGACAUUUAAUAAGGUGAUUUGGACUAUAUCCGACAUCUCUUUCGCCAUGUUGGUCUUGUCAAUCCCGGUCCAGCUUUUCUUGUAUUUCUGUGGUAAGUCAAAACAAAAACAAAACCUGCAAUGGGAGAACUCCAUAUUACCUAUAAUUGUAAACACUUACAUAUAAUAAUUCAUUUAGGCGUUCGAUAUCUCCGUAAGAAAGCCCAAGAAGAGAAUCGAGACCAAGCGCCCCCAUCUUCUGUGCUACCCAACAUGGAGGCACCUAGAGGCGAACAGAGGGUUGCGCAAAACAUUAUACAACACAUUUACAUCCAAGGCUGGAGCGUAAUCCCGUUCGCCGUCUUCGUCACCGGUGCCGAGAUAACGAUUCGGUAUAACAACAUUCAAGGCGUCAAUACUGUGGACUCGGCUAGUCAACUUGUUCCCCUCGUACUCGCCCUCGGCCUUCUAGUACACGUCAUGAGCAAGACAGUAGUGAAGCUUGGCUAUGGAUUUCGUCACGCAUUCGACGAGAGUACGACAGGACAAGAUGCGAAUGACGAUAAUGAGAGCAUUUUAGUCCGGAGCGAGUUUCGACGAGAUUUACUUGAGGAGCGGGGGUGGCUGGGAGUUAUUGGCCGCUUUCUUUUCCGCGUCUACUGCGCUUUCGCCGUAGGAUAUAACCCAGACGAAGAGGAAGAACCGAACCAAUCUAGCACUAGUUUGGGUUGCCCGAAAAGUGGUCAAUAUUCUGUGGUGGACAUAGAGAUGGAAAGCGGUGCGCGGCCAUGAAUCGGACCGUGAAUUGGCCCCCAAGAUGUAUCGUGAAUAUAAUAUAGGCGACUUAGUGGAGUAAUAAAAGCAUUUCGGGCGCCUCUUACAUGCUGUAACAUGCAGUACGUACGGCACUAACUGAACCACCUAAUUCGCCUUAAUACGAUCGCCGCGAUACGAGGUGUAAAAUAUCCAGGCUUCUCCUGCAAGUUAAUGCCAACUUCGUAUAUUAAGAUCGUGAAUAUCGCCGUAAUAGCACGUUACCUCGUCGCCUCAACUUCUCCACAGGCGGUAGGCAAUAAAUUAACCAUAGAGGCGAUCUCGAUAUAAUGUUGGUAGAUCCCUUAUUGAAGCCUUACUCAUAUCUCACAAAAAAAAACAUGAUUUCGUGGCAUUCG